CCUCCGCCACACCCGGCGCGGCAGGAAGAGGAACCGCCGCGCCCGCACCCAGCUCCGGGCGGCCGCGGCCCAGCGCAGCACCAUGGCGGCGGCCGAGGAGGUAGACGGGCUCGCCAUGUCCCGGCCCCACUACGGCUCUGUCCUGGAUAAUGAGAGGUUAACAGCAGAGGAGAUGGAUGAAAGACGGCGCCAGAACGUGGCUUAUGAAUAUCUUUGUCAUUUGGAGGAAGCCAAGAGAUGGAUGGAAGCCUGUCUGAAUGAGGAACUGCCUCCCACAACAGAGCUGGAAGAAGGCUUGAGAAAUGGAGUCUAUCUGGCCAAACUUGGAAACUUUUUCUCCCCUAAAGUGGUUUCUGUGAAGAAAAUCUAUGAUAGGGAACAGACUAGAUAUAAGGCAACUGGUCUCCACUUCCGGCACACUGAUAAUGUAAUUCAGUGGCUGAAUGCAAUGGCUGAGAUUGGUCUUCCCAAGAUUUUCUACCCAGAAACUACAGACAUCUACGAUCGCAAGAACAUGCCACGCUGUAUCUAUUGUAUUCAUGCGCUCAGCCUGUACCUGUUUAAACUGGGACUUGCCCCACAAAUUCAGGAUUUAUAUGGGAAGGUGGACUUCACAGAGGAGGAAAUCAGUAAUAUGAGGCUUGAACUGGAGAAGUAUGGUAUUCAGAUGCCUGCCUUCAGCAAGAUUGGAGGAAUUCUAGCGAACGAACUCUCUGUGGAUGAAGCAGCGUUACAUGCUGCUGUUAUUGCCAUUAAUGAAGCAAUUGACCAUCAAAUUCCUGCUGACACUCUUAUGGCAAUGAAGAAUCCUAAUGCCAUGCUAGUAAAUCUCGAUGACCUAUUGGCAUCUGCUUACCAAGACACACUCUACAGAGCAAAGCAAGACAAGAUGGAGAAUGCGAAAAAUAGGAUUGCCUCUGAAAAUUCAGAAAGAGAGAGAGAUGUCUAUGAAGAACUUCUGACUCAAGCUGAGAUUCAGGGCAACAUCAAUAAAGUGAACACACAUUCAGCUAUAUCAAAGAUUGGUCUAGCUUUGGAACAAGGAAAUGCAUUAGCAUUAUAUGAAGCUUUGGCAACACCAGCCCUGGGACUCCGAGGAUUACUACGAGAAAACUGUGACUGGUAUCUCAAGCAAUUUUUGAGUGAUAGACAGCAGAAACAGGAGGCUGGCCUUACAGGUCCUCUGCAGAAGGAAGAGUUGCAGUUGGGAGUGGAUGCUGCUAACAGUGCAGCACAACAGUAUCAGCAAAGGCUGGCAGCAGUGGCCAGAAUUAAUUCUGCAAUUCGAACGGGUGAUGCUGAGAAGACUGUGGCAGAGUUAAUGAAUCCAGAGGCCCAGCUACCAGAGGUUUAUCCAUUUGCUGCAGACCUUUACCAAAAGGAGCUGGCCACCUUGCAGCAACAGAGCCCUGAAGGUAACCUCACCCAUCCAGAACUAUCUGUUGCUGUAGAGAUGCUGUCUUCUGUGGCCCUCAUUAAUAGGGCUUUGGAUUCAGGGGAUGUGAAUACAGCCUGGAAACAGCUGAGCAGUCCAGUCACAGGACUCACUAACAUUGAGGAUGAAAACUCCCAGAGAUACAUUGAUGAUUUGAUGAAGCUAAAAGCUCAGACACGUAUAGAAGGAAACGAAUUUAUCACAUGGAAUGAUAUCCAGUCAUGUGUUGAUCGUGUGAACAUAGUAGUGCACGAAGAACAUGAAAGGAUUUUGGCAAUUGGACUUAUCAAUGAAGCUCUAGAUGAGGGAGACACCAAAAAGACAAUUCAAGCCUUACAGAUUCCUGCAGCAAAAUUGGAGGGUGUAACCCCAAAAGUAGCACAGCACUAUCAGGAUACACUACUUCGAGCCAAGAGAGAGAAAGCACAGGACACUCAGGAUGAGACAGCUGUACUUUGGCUAGAUGAAAUUCAGGAUGGGAUUCAUAGGGCUAACAAGGACACAGAGGAGUCCCAGAGAUUUUCCUUAGGAAUUCUGGCCAUUAAUGAAGCAGUAGACCGUGGUGAUAUUAGCCUGACCCUGAGUGCUUUGCGCUCACCGGAUGUUGGGUUAUACGGAGUCACUCCUGAAUGUGCUGAGACGUACCAUCGAGAGCUGGCAGAAGUCAAGAGAAGAAAAAGGGCAGCAGGGGGCAAUAGCAGUGAAUGGGUUAAACAUUGGGUGAGAGGAGGCUAUCAUUAUUACCAUAACCUGCAGACCAAAGAGGGAGGAUGGGAUGAACCAGACGGAUUUGUACAAAAUGAUACACAGCUGUUGCGGGAGGAGAUACAGAGCACUAUCUCUGGAGUCACUGCUGCAUACAACCGAGAACAACUGUGGCUGGCCAAUGAGAAUCUGAUUACAAAACUUCAGGCUUGCUGUCGAGGAUAUCUUGUUCGCCAGGAAUUCAACUCAAGAAUGAAUUUUUUGAAGAAACAAGUCCCAGCAAUCACUUGCAUCCAGUCCCAGUGGCGUGGCUACAAGCAGAGGAAGGCAUAUCAAAUUCGUUUGGAUUACUUACGAGCACACAAGGACCAAGUAGUGAAGAUUCAAUCAAUGACCAGAAUGUACCAAGCCAGAAGGCGUUACAGAGACCGUCUGCAGUAUUUCAGAGACCAUAUAAAUGAUGUUAUAAAAAUUCAAGCCUUUAUUCGAGCAAAUAAAGCACGAGAAGACUACAAAACCCUAAUUAAUGCUGAAAACCCACCUAUGGCUGUGGUACGGAAGUUUGUCCACUUGCUCGAUCAAAGUGACCAAGAUUUUCAGGAGGAGCUUGAGCUAAUGAAACUGCGCGAGGAAGUUGUAACUUUGAUCCGAUCCAAUCAGCAACUGGAAAAUGACCUCAAUCUGAUGGACAUCAAAAUUGGGCUGCUAGUGAAAAACAAAAUUACAUUGCAGGAUGUUGUUUCUCAUAGCAAAAAGCUUACCAAGAAGAACAAGGAACAGCUCUCUGACAUGAUGAUGCUGAAUAAACAAAGGGGAGGUCUGAAAGCUUUGAGCAAGGAGAAGAGAGAAAAGCUGGAAGCCUAUCAACAUCUGUUUUACUUACUUCAGACUAAUCCCACCUACUUGGCCAAGCUGAUUUUUCAGAUGCCUCAGAACAAAUCCACAAAGUUCAUGGAUUCUGUGAUCUUCACACUGUAUAACUAUGCAUCCAACCAGAGAGAGGAAUACCUGUUGUUGAGGCUUUUCCAAACAGCAUUGCAGGAAGAGAUCAAAUCAAAAGUAGAUCAAAUACAUGAGAUUGUGACUGGGAAUCCUACCGUUAUUAAAAUGGUGGUGAGUUUCAACCGUGGUGCCCGUGGUCAGAAUGCCUUGAGGCAGAUCCUGGCACCGGUUGUGAAGGAAAUCAUUGAUGACAAAUCACUCAAUAUCAAAACUGAUCCUGUGGAUAUUUACAAGUCUUGGGUUAACCAGAUGGAGUCUCAAACUGGUGAGGCCAGCAAACUGCCAUAUGAUGUUACACCUGAACAAGCGCUAACUCAUGAAGAGGUGAGGACGCGCCUGGAUGCCUCAAUCAGAAACAUGAGGACAGUGACGGACAAAUUCCUGUCUGCUAUUGUUAGUUCAGUGGAUAAAAUCCCUUAUGGAAUGCGCUUCAUUGCCAAAGUGCUAAAAGACUCUCUGCAUGAGAAAUUCCCUGAUGCUGGUGAGGAUGAACUUCUGAAGAUUGUUGGCAACUUACUCUAUUAUCGCUACAUGAAUCCGGCCAUUGUUGCACCAGAUGCGUUUGACAUCAUUGAUCUUUCAGCUGGAGGUCAGCUGACUACAGAUCAACGCAGAAACCUUGGUUCCAUUGCAAAGAUGUUACAGCAUGCUGCAUCCAAUAAGAUGUUCAUGGGAGACAAUGCGCAUCUAAGCAUCAUUAAUGAAUACCUUUCACAGUCAUAUCAGAAAUUCAGACGUUUUUUUCAGGCUGCCUGUGAGGUCCCUGAAUUGCAAGAUAAAUUUAAUAUUGAUGAAUAUUCUGACUUAGUUACUCUCACUAAACCAAUUAUUUAUAUUUCCAUUGGUGAAAUCAUCAAUACACAUACUUUGCUCUUAGACCAUCAAGAUGCAAUUGCUCCAGAGCACAAUGAUCCGAUCCAUGAGUUGCUGGAUGAUCUGGGAGAGGUUCCUACAAUUGAGUCCUUAAUAGGGGAAGGAUCUGGCAAUGUUAAUGACCCCAGCAAGGAAAUGCUAGCAAAGACUGAAGUUUCUCUCACGCUCACUAAUAAAUUUGAUGUUCCUGGUGAUGAGAACGCAGAGAUGGAUGCAAGGACAAUUCUGCUGAAUACAAAGCGUUUAAUUGUUGAUGUAAUCCGCUUCCAACCAGGAGAAACCCUGACUGAAAUCUUAGAAACUCCAGCUACUUCAGAGCAAGAAGCAGAGCAUCAAAGAGCUAUGCAGAAACGGGCCAUUCGUGAUGCUAAAACUCCUGAUAAGAUGAAAAAGUCUAUAUCCGUAAAGGAAGACAGCAAUUUAAAUCUUCAAGAAAAAAAAGAGAAAAUCAAGACAGGCUUGAAGAAGCUGACAGAACUGGGGACUGUGAAUGCAGAAAAUAAAUACCAGGAACUAAUCAAUGAUAUUGCAAAGGAUAUCCGAAAUCAGCGUAGAUACCGUCAGAGAAGAAAGGCAGAGCUGGUGAAGCUGCAGCAGACGUACAGUGCCUUGAACUCCAAAGCUACCUUUUAUGGGGAACAAGUGGAUUAUUACAAAAGCUACAUCAAAACCUGCUUGGAUAACCUGGCAAGCAAGGGCAAGGUCUCUAAGAAACCUCGAGAGAUGAAAGGCAAAAAUAGUAAAAAGAUAUCUCUAAAAUAUACGGCAGCUCGACUUCAUGAGAAGGGAGUGCUAUUAGAGAUUGAAGACCUGCAAGUUAACCAGUUUAAAAAUGUGAUAUUUGAAAUCAGUCCAACAGAGGAAGUAGGAGAUUUUGAGGUAAAAGCAAAAUUCAUGGGAGUACAGAUGGAAACCUUUAUGUUACAUUACCAGGAUCUUUUGCAGCUGCAGUAUGAAGGCGUUGCAGUCAUGAAGUUGUUUGACAGAGCAAAAGUAAAUGUCAACCUUCUGAUCUUCCUUCUGAAUAAGAAAUUUUAUGGGAAAUAACUAACCUCUGCCAGCAAGUCUGUGAAAGGGGAGAUAAAAGAAAAAUCUGCACAUCUUUUAACGUCUCCUCUAGCUCUCAGAAUAGAGGACAUUAUCUUGAAAGGCUAUAGCUAUGUGUAUCAAUAUAUGCCCAUGCCCUGCUAGAGUAUAUCAUAUGUAUCAUGAAGGAAGAAUGAGAACCUCAGUGAAUUGACCCUGACUGAGUCUGCAGGGAGUUGGUUUCUUCUGUCUUUAUGAUCUGUAUCGUCUACUUUGAAGGUUCCUUGAGAGGAGGUUAAUUUAGAAUGUAUUUUUACAGAGCACUGGGGAUUAAACUAGUGUUAGAGUAUACAUAGGGCAUCUGUGUGCUUUAUUUGCCUAAGCAUGUGCUUUGUAAGGCUUGAAUUCUUGUUGCUUGUAUGAAGAGAAAGAUGGCACUACAGAGCAAUCGGUCUGCUUCUUUCUAAAAGCAAAAAAGGUUACAGAUUGUAUUCAGGUUUUGGUUAUUCUCUUAACUGCAAGGAAUGAAAUAAAAAAUGGUCAAGGUCUAGGUUACCCAUUUGUACGUGAGCUUGUGGUGGUGGUGGCAGCCAAUUGCUGAAAUAGAACCAUUAGAGACUAGGGAAUUGUUAAGUGUCAAGAAUAGUCGCUGAAUGAUUCGUAUAUACGUACGAUAGGCAGAUAGAACAGUUUUAGUGGCUCAUUUUUCUCAAAUUUAUUUCUCUUAAUGACACUGUAAUAAUUUACAGGUGGCCCCUUACAUAGAGGGACUGUGGAACGUAUUUACUAGUGCAUAAGGAGGGAGGGGGAAAGCUUUUUGGAGAAUGGUAGGGAAAUUUAAAAAAUAUGAGAUGUUAAUUUUCAGUGUUGCUUGCACAGCAUUUGAAAUAUAAAAAUUUGCUUUUUUCCAAUUUAGAACAAUGCUCCAUGUAUCUGUAUCUGAUGCAAUAAACGCUAGGCUCUACCUGUAGAGUUGUCAAAGGAAGAUGACUGUCUUAAGUAGGUCAGCUGUUAAAAAGUUUCAAUUUGCUAGCUAUACCUAAGCCCCCCCCCCCUUUUUUAACUACUUAGAUUUUUUUUUUUUAAUUCAGUUUUGGUGGUGGUGCUGGCUGUUCUGCCAUAUCCAACAGAAAUGCAGAGAGACUCAUAAAAACAUCUGGCCUUAAAAUUGCUUGUAGGCUAAAGAUGCUUGCCCCAGAAAGACACUCCACGCCACCACUUUUUAAGAAUAAAAAAAGAAGAAGAAGAAAUAAAAAGAAAAAAGGGCAAAAGAUCUCUCUGAAAUGCAAAUUUUAAGUUACUCUUAGGUCACUUGUGCUAUUCUUUCAGAUAACUGGGUUUAGUUGAGCUGCCUUAUCUCUCUGAUCUGCACUGAGUUAGUAAUGCCAGUUCAGAUCUUUUUCUAAUGAAAGCCACUCAGUAUUUGAAAUGCCGCAUGUCUGAGGAUAACUUUUCUGUAAUCCUUUAAGAGUUAAAUAUGUAUUUCAGCCUGGCAAUGUCUAAAUGUAUUUAAAUAUAUUUUAAUACUGAUGCAUGUUACUCCCAAUACCAAAAAUUCCUCCUUUUACAUACCAAAACCAAGAAACAUUGUGUAGAUCAUCUUCUGAAAGAGAGAAACCUUAGAAUUGGAUUUCUCUUCCAGUGGUAUCUGAAGAGGAGGUGAGAAUUAGGAGUAUGUCUUGCAUAGAUUUUUAGCUGUCUCUGAAUUUGAUGUAUAACAGAAGGACUUAACUUUAAUUCUUCGUAUUGAGGAUGAUGAAAAUCAUAGUAGAACAUUAUGGAACGAUCACUAAGGAAAUACAGCUAUACUCUGCAAGCUUUCAAACCACAAGAGAUUAAUCCCUACCCCUUUGAGGGAAGUAAUAAAAAACAACACUUUCCAAUGUCUGCUAAAACCCUUUAAACUAUAACGCAAGAGAGGAUGAGGUAACCCAAGGAUGGGAUGAGGUAAUGAGGUGUUAGUAGUGGUCUUCUACUAAUCAAGUAUAGUACCCAUGAGGAAAGCAUCCUCACAGUUGCUUUACAAGAUUUGCCUUAUUGUCUACACAUAUCAAAAAAUCAGGCUUUUGGCAAAAAUUAAAAAAAGAAACCAAAUUGGUUGUUUGAAAAUAAUCAUAAAAAAAAUGGGAGUCUACUCAUUUUAGCUGAGUAACAGUAUGAAAUGGUGGAGUUUUUUUAAAAAAGAAAAGCUCUGAUGAAAUAUGCAGUCUCAGCACUGAAUAUAUGUAUUUUGUAAUUUAUUGGUCGUUUAGCUUUGCUUACUCCCUUGCACCAUUGUAUUUACCAUGGGAGUAACUAGAAAUAGAAGGCAUGUCUUCUUUCUUUGCUGGUAAAAUUUGCCUUUGUAACUCACAUCAAAAUAAAAAAAAAUCAUUUGUCCCCA